UGUUUAUACCCGGCCGGUCUCAUAAUCGGAUGAAUUAGAUCAAAUGUAUGUGGCAAAGAAAAUCCAAAUAUUACGAAACAUUUAUAAAUGAUGAUGUAUAUCUCAACAUCUGGAUUAUAAAAAGGAAUAAUGAAUGAAGAAGAAGAGUAUACAAUAAACACCUGGUCGUACUUAAGUCUAUGUGCGGAGCCAACCAUCUGUGAGGGCCUUCGAUUUGCUAAGGAUUUGAUAGUAGCGAAUUUGCUACUACGAUUCAUAAUUCAAUCAAUAUCACUACCGCACAAUGUUCGACACAGUAUAAGCAUGGCCAUAGGCACUUUUCUACUUUACUACAGCAUCGGACCAGCAGCUAUGUGGACUGUUGGCCUAACUGCAGGUUCAUAUAUAUUUAUGCUUUUUCUAUCAUUUAUCACAAAGAGAUUGAGGGGAUUAUUUCUAUCUGUUAUGGUAAUUGCGUUUUUGCUGCUCUGUGAAAUAUACAUAGUAAAUCCUAAAAUGUGGCAGCAGAUAAGGGGGAUGCAGAUGGUAGCAGCAAUGAAGAUUAUAUCAGUUGCAAUAGAACUGGAUCGAGACUUGUUUAAACAAAUGUUAAAUCCUGUAGAGUUUGGGGGAUAUAUAUUGUGUCCAGCAAAUUGUAUUUUAGGACCUUGGAUAUCUUUUCAUAUGUACAGUACUUAUUUAGAAGUAAAAUUUUUAAAUAAAAGAUGGUUCAAAAUAAUACUUUUGAAUCUAUUACUGGCUAUGUGUUUUUUAGUCUUAUCAAAUUGCAUUGUUCCAUGGUAUAUAGAUGAUGACAUAUCAAAGUGGCUAGUAGCAUAUCGUGAUGCCCAAGCUUUCAGGAUGUCACAUUAUUUUGUAUCUAGCAUGUCAAUUGUAUCUAUGAUAAGUGCUGGUUUUGGUCUCACUAAUGAUUGUCAUUCAGAUUUGCAAGUAACUAAUCCAUUUUUUAUUGAACUCCCGAGAUCUCUUGUUCAAGUUGUUAUAUACUGGAAUAUGCCAAUGCAUCAGUGGUUAAAAAAAUAUGUAUUCAAAACAUGUCAAGUUUAUGGUCAAUUUACAGCUAUAUUAGCAACUUAUGCAGUAUCUUCCUUUCUGCAUGGCCUAAAUUUCCAGUUUUCUGCUGUACUUUUGAGCAUUGGCACAUUUUCAUAUGUAGAAUACAAUCUGCGCUUUAAAGUUGCCUGUGCUUUAGAGGUUUGUUGUUUAGCAAAUCCAUGUAUUAAACAGUGUGAACACAGGUAUAAAAAAAAUAGUUCCUUGGCAGUAUUUUUAAAUACACUUUUUUCUUUAAUUACUAUUAUUCAUCUUGCCUAUUUAGGAGUUAUGUUUGAGGCAUCAUUUACAGUACAAGAAUCAGGAUAUUCAUACCAUCACACAAUUAGCAAGUGGGAGAAUCUUAACUACUUUAGUCAUGGUUUUACACUUUUUAUGUAUAUUAUUUACGUGAUGAUGUGAUAUUACAGUUUAUCCAGAGAAUUCAGUGCUAACAACUAGAUAAGCAGUUCAGAAUUCAAAUCAUACUACAGUACUAGCACUCAUACUUAGCUCAUAAAGUAGUUGCAGAGAAAUUAUAGUUAAGAGUAAGUGAGAUGGCAAUAAUAACAAUAUUUUCAGGAAGCAUUUUAAAACAACUACCAUUUCCUAACUGCAGUACACUUGCAAAAAAAUUUUUUUUAUCUGAAAUGAUGUAAAAAAUAGA